CGUCACACGCCUGCCUGUGCAGUCGCGCGCGGUACGUCAUAAUAACACAAGCGUUUCAAAAAUGACACCAGCGAAGCGACAAACGCAUUGUGCGGUAGACGGAUGUAAAAGUCGAAUAAGAAAUUCACGCCAGGAUCUGUCUUUUUUCGCAUUGCCAAAAGACGAGGAAAGGCGCAAAGCGUGGGCAGAAUUGAUUGGAAGACCGGACUUGGCAGCUCCAGGUAUAAGGCCAAGCAGAUACGUGGUGUGCUCUCUUCAUUUUGAUGACUCUGCGAUGAUUAUCAUGCCACGAUUGCUGCCGAACGCAAUGCCUACCAGACAGCUUCCAUCUGAAUGUUCAGUGGACAAAAUCAAAAUCGUUGACAUUAAAUCAGGGGGUACUCAUACAUCUGAUGGUACCACUCAGAUGGAUAGCUCAGUCGCCUCUUCAUCUAAUCCGAGAAAAAGAAAACUCAGUGAUAUUUUGAGUGAGUCACAACUGAACAUAGAAAAGGUUGAAAUAGAAAUAGACGAAGAAGUUCAAUCAGAAGAAUCAAAUGGCUUAAAAUAGUACUUUCCUAAAUUUAAAUACUAUGUAUCUAUCUCCUUUUGUUAUAUAAGUGUAUCUUUUAAUUGUCCAUAAAUAAAUUACCAA